AUUCCUCUUUUCCUUAGUCUUGCAACUAAGCUCUUCGAACCUUAUUAUUCUAAUAAGCUACUACAUAACCUUAUAUCUAUAGUAUUUUUACCCUGGUGGAUCUCUUUAUCAUUUCAAAAAAGUCUGGAAUCUUGGGUUACUAAUUGGUGGAAUACUAAGCAAUCAGAAACUUUUUUGAACGAUAUUCAAGAAAAUAAUCUUCUAGAAAAAUUCAUCGAAUUAGAGGAGCUCCACUUGUUGGACGAAAUGAUAAAGGAAUACCCGGAAACACAUCUACAAAAGCUUCGUAUAGGAAUUCACAAUGAAACUAUUCAAUUGAUCAAAAUGCACAAUGCGGAUUGUAUCCACAUGAUUUUGCACUUCUCGACAAAUUUAAUCUGUUUCCUUAUUCUAAGCGGUUAUUCUAUUCUGGGAAAUAAAGAACUUAUUCUUCUUAACUCUUGGGUUCAGGAAUUCCUAUAUAACUUAAGCGACACAAUAAAAGCCUUUUCGAUUCUUUUAUUAACUGAUUUAUGUAUCGGAUUUCAUUCGCCCCAUGGUUGGGAACUAAUGAUUGGCUCUAUCUACAAAGAUUUUGGAUUUGCCCAUAAUGAUCAAAUUAUAUCUAGUCUUGUUUCUACGUUUCCAGUUAUUCUAGAUACAAUCUUGAAAUAUUGGAUUUUCCGUUAUUUAAAUCGUGUAUCCCCAUCACUUGUAGUGAUUUAUCAUUCAAUGAAUGACUGAAAAGACGAAAAAGGGGUAUACG